AAUACCUGAUUGUUAGGGUUGUCAUUGCACUCGCCUUGUUUGAGCAUAAAUAUGGACUCCAACCCCCGUGGAUCAUCUUCAGUCAUGACGACCAGAAUACAAAAACCCUUCAAGCGACAGUACACUACACAUUCCCUCUCGUGAACCACAUCGUACCGCCCAAUAUGAGCUCCAACUCGGACUCGGAGACGUAUAGUCUUUAUCCCUACCAUCCAAGCCAUGUCCUUCCAAUUGUUUUUGCCGUCUUGAUUGGCAUAUCUUUAGUGAUGCACAUCUACCAGAACUUUCGCUAUAAAUUUUGGACCGUCACGUUCUGGAUGUCGUGGGGUGGCACAGUAUUUACUGUUGGCUGGAUAGCUAGGUGCAUAUCGAGCUAUCAAACGUCGAAUGUGAAUUUAUACAUCGUCCAGACGGUGUUCAUCUAUGCUGGGCCGCCUAUCUAUUCCGCAUCAGCCUACAACAUCCUCGGCCGGCUUUUGCACUACUUACCAAUGCAUGCUCCACUACAUCCUAACCGAGUCACCAUCUUUUUCGUCUACUUGGGUGCAGCAGUGGAAUCCUUGACCGCCUCCGGUGCUGCUCGCAUGGCUACGAAUACGGAUAGUUUGUCUCGAUACAAAAGCGGUGGGACACUUGUCUCAACGGCACUUCUGUUGCAAGCUGUUAUCGAAGCUAUGGUAGUGAGCGUGAUUGCCCUAGUGCAUUAUCGCGCUUCUCGCGCUGCUCAUCGUCCACCACCUAACGUACGAAAACUCUGUAUCACUCUCUAUGGAACAUCCUUUCUCAUUAUUUUCCGAUGUAUCUGCCGUGCCGUCGAGUCUUUCACACUUUACGCAUCGAUUGAAAGCUGCAAGCAAGGAGAUUGCAGUCCUAUUCUGACUCAUGAGUGGUAUCUCUACAGCUUUGAGGCUGCACCAAUGGUUCUCUUCACAUACUGGCUUAAUAUAAUGCAUCCUGGUAGAUUGCUACCCCGACAAAAGACCCGUUAUCUGGAUCUCGAUUGCAAAACUGAGCGACUAGGUCCCGGUUGGAUUGACAAGCGAUCCCUGUGGCAGACUGUGAUCGAUCCGUUUGACAUGUCAGGUAUGAUAUCUAGCAAGCCGAAUCAUGAGAGUUUCUGGCUGUGGCCGGAAAAGUGGCCGGCUGUUGUCGAUGGUAGUUUCGCGCAAGGAACGGCAUCUAAUAUACAGAAUUCAAGGUCUAAACCGAAUGAACGUUCCGAGAGUGGGCACAAGAUGCUUCCAUCUCAGUCGAAUCCCUGA